GGCUGCGCGCGCAGGCGCGGCGGCCGCAGCGCGGGUGACAGGUCAGCGCCGCGGGCCGCAGCCAUGGUGUACAUCUCUAAUGGGCAAGUUUUGGAUAACCAGAGUCGGGCUCCUUGGCGUUUGUCAUCUAUAACAGAUUUCUUCUGGUCAAUAGCAGAUUUCGUGGUCCUGUUUUUCCAGAGCAUUAUUCAACCAGAUUUGAGAAGAAGAGGCUACACAGCUUCCUCCUAUUCAAGACACAAUGAUGGAAGAGGGCCUCCAGCUCUGCCUCGCCGGAGGAUGGGCCGAAUAAAUCAUGGAGGUGGAGGCCCUAGUCCACCACCAAUGGCUGGAGGUGGAUGAGGAAGGUAA